CCCAGGUCUGGCGCGGUGGUAUAAAAUGAACAGCGGCAGAGGGAUGGGCAGUUAGUUUCUCGUGACAACACAACACACACCAUGAACACUAAGAUCUUGAUCGUGCUGGGCGUGGCAGCCCUGGCAGCAGCAGACAGCCGCAGCCGGGAAACCUUCUCUUAUGCUGCCCCUCGUCGUUAUUCCGCUGAGUCUUUUGAGUCUGGUGAGGCCCAGUACAACUUCAACUACGCCGUGAAGGACGACUCUUCUGGCAACGACUUUGGUCACCAGGAGACUCGUGAUGGUGACGACACCCAGGGGUCGUACUACGUGCAGCUCCCCGACGGUCGUCUGCAGACUGUGACCUACGUCGUGGACGGUGACUCAGGCUACAUUGCUGAUGUCAAGUACGACGGAGAGGCUCGCUACCCCGACUCUUACGAGUCCUUCGAGUCCCGGGAGGCUCCCCGCUACGCCCCUCCCAGGCCAAGAUACUUCGAUUCCAACGAGUCCAAGUAGAUACCUCAUCCGUAACCUGACUGAUCACUCUCCCUCGACCACUAUAAAUUAUGAUAUUUAUUUACAAGGAUAACUAAUAAAUUAUAUUGAUGGCAA